AUGCCAGCACCUCAUGUCCAUGUGACACAAGAUUUGCCUCCUUUGGUACCAGUGCCAUUGGUGUCAGCUCCUCAGGUUCUUGCAGCAUCAGCUUCUCAAGUUCCUGCAGUGCCAGCUUCUCAAGUUCCUGCAGUGCCAGCUUCUCAAGUUCCUGCAGUGCCAGCUUCGCAAGUUCCUGCAGUGCCAGCUUCUCAAGUUCCUGCAGUGCCAGCUUCUCAAGUUCCUGCAGUGCCAGCUUCUCAAGUUCCUGCAGCACCAGCUUCUCAAGUUCCUGCAGUGCCAGCUUCUCAAGUUCCUGCAGUGCCAGCUUCUCAAGUUCCUGCAGUGCCAGCUUCUCAAGUUCCUAUAGCUCCAGCUUCUCAAGUCCCUUUAACACUAGCUUCUCAAGUCUCUGCAGUGCCCGCUUCUCAAGUCCCUGCAGUGCCAGUUCCUCAGGAGUCCGGAGCACCAGUGCCAGCAAAUCAAGGACCCUUACCACAAAUGCCAGCUUCCCAAGAGCCUGCAGCAUCAUUGCAAGCUUCUCAGACCCCUGUGUUACCAGCUCACCAAGGCCAUGGUGCACUAGUACCUUUCUCUCAGACCCAUGCAGCAUUGGUGCCAGCUCAUGCCCCAGCAGCACUACAGCAGGCUGUGGUACCAGCGCAAGCUUACCAUGAUCCUACAGCACCAGUGCGAGUUUCUCAGCCUGUUACAACUUCAGGACCAGCAACUCAGACCCCUGUGUCACAUGUUCCUGUUCUACAUUCCCCUCCAGCACCAGUGCCAGUUCCUCAGGGCUAUGGGGCACCAGUGCCAGUCUCUCAAACAAAUGCCGUACCAAUGUCAGCUCAGGCCCCAGCAGUACAGCAAGCUUCUCAGGUCCCUGCGGUGGCAGUACAAGCUCACCAUGCCCCGGCAACACCAGUUACUCUGGUCUCUGCACCACAAUUAGCAGCUUAUCCGGUAACUGCAGCACCAGUACCAGUCUCUCAGACCCAUGCAGUACCAAUGCCAGCUCAGGCCUCAGCAGUACAGCAAGCUCCUCAGGUCCCCGCGGUGGCAGUACAAGCUCACCAUGCCCCGGCAGCACCAGUACCGGUUACUCUGGUCCCUGCACCACAAUUAGCAGCUUAUCCGGUAACUGCAGCACCAGUACCAGUCUCUCAGACCCAUGCCCUACCAAUGCCAGCUCAGGCCCCAGCAGUACAGCAAGCUUCUCAGGUACAAGCUCACCAUGCCCCGGCAGCAAUGGAUGUUCAUCAGGUCCCCACAGUACCGGGCCUAGCUCUUCAAGUUCCUGCAGGCUCAGUGGCAGUUUCUCGGGCCCCUGCAGCAGCAGUGCAUGCUCAACAGGUCCAUGUUGUACCCAUGACAGUUCCUCUGUACCCUGUAGUGCCAGUGCCAGUUCCUCCGCACAUUGCACUGCCAGUUCCACAGGUCCUUGUAGCACGAGUGCCAGGUCCUCCAGUCCAUGUUCCAACAGUGCCAUUUCCUCAGGCCCCUGCAGCACCACUGACAGAUCCUCAGGCCCAUGUUGCAUCAGUGCCAGUCCCAGUUCCUCGGGUUUCUACAGUAAUUGCACCAGCUCAGACCCCAGCAGUGUCAGUGCAAGUUCCUCAGAUGCCUACAGUCCCAGUGAUGGGUUCUGAGGCUCCUGUAGCAGCAGUGCAUGUUUAUAUGGUCCACAUUGCACCAGUGCCAGUUCCUCUCAUCUCUGUUGCACCAGUGCUAGGUCUUCAGACCCCUACAGUGACCGUGCCAGCUCCACGGGUCAAUGUAGCAUCAGUGCCAGUUCCACAAACUUCUGCAGGCCUAGUGCCAGCUCCUCAGGUCCCUGCAGUCCCAGCACCAGGUCUUCAGAUACAUUUUACAGUGUUAGUUCUUCCGACCCCUGCAAUGCCAGUUCAGGUCCCAGCAGCAGUUUCUCAGGUCCCUGUGCCACCAGUAUUGGCUCCCCAGGGCCCUGAAGCACCACUGCAAGCUCAUCAGGGUCCUAUAUCACAGGUGCCAGCAACUGAGGUUCAUGUGGCAAGAGUACCAGUUCCUCAGACCCCUGCAGCACCUGUGACACCUGCUCACGCCUCUGAAGUACCAGUGCUAGCUCAUGAGGUCACAGCAGUUUCUCAGGUCCCUGUGCCACCAGUAUUGGCUCCCCAGGGCCCUGCAGCACCAAUGCAAGCUCAUCAGGGUCCUAUAUCACAGGUGCCAGCAACUGAGGUCCAUGUGGCAGGAGUACCAGUUCCUCAGACCCCUGCAGCACCUGUGACAGUUGCUCACACCCCUGAAGUACCAGUGUUAGCUCAUCAGGUCCCUUCAGGACCAGUGCCGGCACCUCCAGUGACCGGACCACCAGUGGCAGCUCCUUAUGGCUCUCUGGUAACGGUACCAUCUCAGGCCUCAGCUCAGCCACCUCAUCAGGUCCUUGGAGCACCAAUGCCACCUCAUCAGGUCCCUGGAGCACCAAUGCCACCUCAUCAGGUCCCUGGAGCACCAAUGCCACCUCAUCAGGUCCUUGGAGCACCAAUGCCACCUCAUCAGGUCCUUGGAGCACCAAUGCCACCUCAUCAGGUCCUUGGAGCACCAAUGCCACCUCAUCAGGUCCCUGGAGCACCAAUACCACCUCAUCAGGUCCCUGGAGCACCAAUGCCACCUCAUCAGGUCCUUGGAGCACCAAUGCCACCUCAUCAGGUCUUUGGAGCACCAAUGCCACCUCAUCAGGUCCUUGGAGCACCAAUGUCACCUCAUCAGGUCCUUAGAGCACCAAUGCCAGCUCAAGACCCAGCAGCACCACAGCAAGCUUCUCAGGUCCCUGCAGUGGCAGUACAAGCUCACCAUUUCCCCACAGCACCAGUGCCAGUGACACUGGUCCGUGUACCACAAAUAUCAUCUCAUCCCGUAACUGCAGUACCAAUGCCACCUCAUCAGGUCCUUGGAGCACCAAUGCCACCUCAUCAGGUCCCUGGAGCACCAAUGCCAGCUCAAGACCCAGCAGCACCACAGCAAGCUUCUCAGGUCCCUGCAGUGGCAGUACAAGCUCACCAUUUCCCCACAGCACCAGUGCCAUUUACACUGGUCCGUGUACCACAAAUAUCAUCUCAUCCCGUAAUUGCAGUACCAAUGCCAGCUCAGGCCCCAGCUGCACUACAGCAAGCUUCUCAGGUCUCUGUGGUGCCAGUACAAGCUCACCAUGCCCAUGGAGCACCAGUUCCAUUUCAUCAGGUUCCUAGAGCACCAGUUCCCAUUCCACAUUCCCCCGCAGCACCAGUACCAACCCAGGCCCCACCAGCUACACAGCAAGCUUCUCAGGUCUCUGUGGUGCCAGUGGAAGCUCACCAUGGCCCGACAGUAGCAGUACAUCAGAGCUAUGGGGCACCAGUGCCCGUCUCUCAGAUCUAUGCAGUACCAAUGCCAGCUCAGGCCCCAGCAGCACUACAGCAAGCUUCUCAGGUCUCUGUGGUGCCAGUACAAGCUCACCAUGACCAGGGAGCACCAGUGCCAGUUUAUCAGGUCCCUGGAGCACCAAUGCCACCCCAUCAGGUCCUUGUAGCACCAGUGCAAGCUCAGGACCCAUCAGCACCACAGGAAGCUUCUCAGGUCUCUGUGGAUCCAGUACAAGCUCACCAUGGCCCGACAGCACCAGUGCCAGUUCCUCAGCCUGUUGCAAUUUCAGGAACAGCUCCUCAGGAACCUGUGCACCAACUUCCCGUUUCACAUUCCCCCGCAGCACCAGUGCCAUUUCCUCAGGGCUAUGGUGCACCAGUGCCAGUCUCUCAGAUUCAUGCAGUACCAUUGCCAGCUCAGGUCCCCGCAGCACCACAGCAAGCUUCUCAGGUUUCUGUGGUGCCAAUGGAAGCUCACCAUGGCCCAACAGCACCAGUUCAUCAGGGUUAUGGUGCACCAGUGCCAGUCUCUCAAACCCCUGCAGUACCAAUGCCAGCUCAGGCCCCCGCAGUACCACAGCAAGCUUCUCAGGUCUCUGUGGUGCCAGUACAAGCUCACCAUCACCAGGGAGCACCAGUGCCAUUUCAUCAGGUCCCUGGAGCACCAAUGCCACCCCAUCAGGUCUUUGGAGCACCAGUGCCAGUUCAUCAGUUUCCUAGAGCACAAAUUCCUAUUCCAUAUUUCCCCGCAGCACCGGUGCCAACCCAGGCCCCACCAGCUUCACAGGAAGCUUCUCAGGUCUCUGUGGUGCCAGUGGAAGUUCACCAUGGCCCGCCAGCACCAGUGCCAGUUCCUCAGCCUGUUGCAACUUCAGGAACAGCUCCUCAGGAACCUGUUCACCAAGUUCCCGUUUCACAUUCCCCCGCAGCACCGGUGCCAUUUCAUCAGGGCUAUGGCGCACCAGUGCCAUUCUCUCAGAUCCAUGCAGUACCAAUGCCAGCUCAGGCCCAAGCAGCACUACAGCAAGCAUCUCAGUUCUCUGUGGUGCCAGUACAAGCUCACCAUGCCCAAGGAGCACCAGUGCCAGUUCAUCAGGGCCAUGGAGCACCAGUGCCAGUCUUUCAGACCCCUGCAGUACCAGUGCCAGCUCAGGCCCCCGCAGUACCACAGCAAGCAUCUCAGUUCUCUGUGGUGCCAGUACAAGCUCACCAUGCCCAAGGAGCACCAGUGCCAGUUCCUCAGCCUGCUUCAGCCUCAGAACCAGCUCCUAAUGCCCAUGUGCUACGCGUACCAGUUCAUCAGGUCCCUGCAGAACCGGUGCCAGUUCACCAGGGCCAUGGAGCACCAGUGCCAGUCUUUCAGACCCCUGCAGUGCCAGUGCCAGCUCAGGCUCAUGCAGCACCACAGCAAGCUUCUCAGGUCUCUGUGGUGCCAGUACAAGCUCACCAUGACCAUGGAGCACCAGUGCCAGUUCCUCAGCUUGUUGGAACUUCAGGACCAGCUCCUCAGACCCCUGUGCAACAAGUUCCUGUUCCACAUCACCCCACAGCACCAGUGCCAGUCUCUCAGGCCAAUGCAUUACCAGUACCAGCUCAACCCCCACCAGAAGCACAGCAAGCUUCUCAGGUCCCUGCGGUGGCAGUACAAGCUCACCAUGCCCCGGCAGCACCAGUGCCCGUCUCUCAGAUCCAUGCUGCACCAGUGCCAGCUCAGGCCCCACCAGUACCACAGCAAGCAUCUCAGGUCUCUGUGGUGCCAGCACAAGCUUACCAUGUCCCUACAGCACCAGUGCCAGUUCCUCAGCCUGUUGCCACUUCAGGACUAGCACCAGUGUCAGCUCACCAGGUCCCUGGAGUACCAAUGCCAGCUCAUCAGUUCCCUGUAGCACCAAUGCCAGCUCACCAGGUCCCUGGAGCACCAGCGCCAGCUCAUCAGGUCCCUGGAGUACCAGUGCCAGCUCAUCAGGUCCCUGGAGCACCAAUGCCAGCUCAUCAGGUCCCUGGAGCACCAAUGCCAGCUCAUCAGGUUCCUGGAGCACCAGUGCCAGCUCAUCAGGUCCCAGCAGUAUCAAUACCAGCUCAUCAGGUCCCUGGAGCACCAAUGCCAGCUCAUCAGUUUCUUGGAGCACCAAUGCCAGCUUAUCAGGUCCCUGGUGCACCAAUGCCAGCUCAUCAGUUCCUUGGAGCACCAAUGCCAGCUUAUCAGGUCCCUGGUGCACCAAUGCCAGCUCAUCAGUUCCUUGGAGCACCAAUGCCAGCUUAUCAGGUCCCUGGCGCACCAAUGCCAGCUCACCAGUUCCCUGCAGUAUCAAUGCCAGCUCAUCAGUUCCCUGGAGCACCAAUGCCAGCUCAUCAGGUCCCUGACGCACCAAUGCCAGCUCAUCAGGUCCCUGGAGCACCAAUGCCAGCUCAUCAGGUCCCUGGAGCACCAAUGCCAGCUCACCAGGUCCCUGGUGCACUAAUGCCAGCUCAUCAGGUCCCUGGAGUACCAAUGCCACCUCAUCAGGUCCCUGGAGCACCAAUGCCAGCUCAUCAGGUCCCUGGAGCACCAAUGCCAGCUCCUCAGGUCCCUGGAGCACCAAUGCCAGCUCAUCAGGUCCCUGGAGCACCAAUGCCACCUCAUCAGGUCCCUGGAGCACCAAUGCCACCUCAUCAGGUCCCUGGAGCACCAAUGCCAGCUCAUCAGGUCCCUGGAGCACCAAUGCCAGCUCCUCAGGUCCCUGGAGCACCAAUGCCACCUCAUCAGGUCCCUGGAGCACCAAUGCCAGCUCAUCAGGUCCCUGGAGCACCAAUGCCAGCUCAUCAGGUCCCUGUAGCACCAAUGCCAGCUCCUCAGGUCCCUGUAGCACCAAUGCCAGCUCCUCAGGUCCCUGACGCACCAAUGCCAGCUCAUCAGGUCCCUGGAGCACCAAUGCCAGCUCAUCAGGUCCCUGGAGCACCAAUGCCAGCUCACCAGGUCCCUGGUGCACUAAUGCCAGCUCAUCAGGUCCCUGGAGUACCAAUGCCACCUCAUCAGGUCCCUGGAGCACCAAUGCCAGCUCAUCAGGUCCCUGGAGCACCAAUGCCAGCUCCUCAGGUCCCUGGAGCACCAAUGCCAGCUCAUCAGGUCCCUGGAGCACCAAUGCCACCUCAUCAGGUCCCUGGAGCACCAAUGCCACCUCAUCAGGUCCCUGGAGCACCAAUGCCAGCUCAUCAGGUCCCUGGAGCACCAAUGCCAGCUCCUCAGGUCCCUGGAGCACCAAUGCCACCUCAUCAGGUCCCUGGAGCACCAAUGCCAGCUCAUCAGGUCCCUGGAGCACCAAUGCCAGCUCAUCAGGUCCCUGUAGCACCAAUGCCAGCUCCUCAGGUCCCUGUAGCACCAAUGCCAGCUCAUCAGAUCUCUGGCGCACCAAUGCCAGCUCAUCAGGUCCCAGCAGUACCAAUGCCAGCUCAUCAGGUCCCAGCAGUACCAAUGCCAGCUCAUCAGGUCCCUGGAGCACCAAUGCCAGCUCAUCAGGUCCCUGGAGCACCAAUGCCACCUCAUCAGGUCCCUGGAGCACCAAUGCCAGCUCAUCAGGUCCCUGGAGCACCAAUGCCAGCUCAUCAGGUCCCUGGAGCACCAAUGCCACCUCAUCAGGUCCCUGGAGCACCAAUGCCAGCUUAUCAGGUCCCUGGUGCACCAAUGCCAGCUCACCAGGUCCCUGGCGCACCAAUGCCAGCUCAUCAGGUCCCUGGCGCACCAAUGCCAGCUCAUCAGGUCCCUGGCGCACCAAUGCCAGCUCAUCAGGUCCCUGGAGCACCAAUGCCAGCUUAUCAGGUCCCUGGAGCACCAAUGCCAGCUCAUCAGGUGCCAACUCAAGAAUUGUAUACUGAAGCUACAUGCCAGGUUCUUCCCGGCCCCAUAUUGCCGAUGUGA